CGCCAAACGACGACUGGGCACACGCGACAUGGAAUAAAUGUGACAAGUGAGCGUUUAGUGGCGAAAUCCUGCGGUCGCUGGGAGGCCGAACACCCCCCAGGAGCGGCGGAUGGUUGCGUCCGUAGUAGGCGGGACUGCGAGCGGUCUGCAGCAGGACGUCGGAGAUCAAUGAACCGGACCCGAAGCUCGCUGCUUUCGGCGUAAAGUCAGCGGAUAGACGAGUCCCUCCCUCGGAUAAAUGUGUCACUACCUUCAGGGCGGCCAGGCUUCGUCUAACAAUGCCGAUAUUUUAAACAGACUCGUGUUGUUUUUUUAGCCGACUCACCGCUUCCGACUUCUUCUUCUUCUUCUUCUUCGUCGGUGAUAUUGGUGACUUCUUCUCCUCCUUCCUGGCGGGUGAGGGUGGUGCUGCGAGCCUCCAACAUCUCCAACAUCUCCAACAUCACCAACAUCUCCAAUAUCACCAACAUCACCGCAAGAUGAUCUUCGCCAACACGGGCAACCCGCUGAAAAGUGGCAGCCGCAAGCAGUCCUACCCCAUGACUCCGUCCAGUCCCAGCAGCAGCAGCAACAGCAGCAGCACAGGCCUGGAGCAGCUCAGCAAGACCAACCUGUACAUCCGGGGUCUGCCUCCUGCCACCACAGACCUGGACCUGGUCAAACUCUGUCACCAGUAUGGCAAGAUUCAGUCAGCAAAGGCCAUUUUGGACAAGACAACCAACAAAUGUAAAGGUUACGGCUUUGUGGACUUUGACAGCCCAGCGGCUGCUCUGAAGGCCGUCCAUGCUCUGAAGACCAGCGGCAUCCAGGCCCAGAUGGCCAAGCAACAGGAACAAGACCCCACCAACCUGUACAUCUCCAACCUGCCUCUGUCUGUGGACGAGAAAGAGUUGGAGAACAUGCUGCAGCCUUUCGGCCAAGUGGUGUCCACACGCAUCCUGCGGGACUACGGCGGCAACAGCCGAGGCGUGGGCUUCGCCAGGAUGGACACCACCGAGCAGUGCAACGCUGUCAUCUCUCACUUCAACGGCAAAUUCAUGAAAAUCACCUCCGGAGGUCUGGCUCCCUCUCAGCCCUUGUUGUGUAAGUUUGCAGACAGUCAGAGGAAGAAACACGCCCACAGUGGAUUUGUUCCCAAUGGACAGAGUGCAGAUCUCAGACUAAGUGCAAUGACUCUGACCUAUGACCCCUCGUCAGCAGCUAUGCAUAACGGGUACUACCCAUCUCCGUAUCCAGUCACCAACAGGAUCAUGGCCGUGCAGCCCACCUUGUCUCCCUACAUGUCCCCGCUCUCUGCUUACCAGGUGCAGAGCCAUUCUUGGGUGGCACAUCAGCCAUAUAUCAUGCAGCACCCGGCCCCGGUAAUGUCGCCCUCUGUGGAUCCAUCCAUGCCACUGCACCCUACAGCCAUGAUCACUCAGCAGAUGGGUCAGCUGUCCUUAGGAAACACUGGAGCGUACAUCGCUGCCAACGCGGGGGUUCAAGGUGCUUACAUGCCACACUACACUUCCCUGCCUGCACCAGUGGAGAACAACACGCCCCAGCAGGUGGAUUCUUCCAACAACUCCUCCCCUUACAGUCAGCUCAGCAAGUAACCACAGGCGGGCUGACGGGCGGCGAGCGAUGACAUCAGCCUCUCUCUGAUUGGCCCACACACCAAGUGUUUUGCACAGUGUUGGGAAAGCAAGAAGAGAAGAGAAGAGAAGAGAAGAGGGGGACAGUGAGAAUGCACUGGAGCUGUUGGCUAAUCACACAAAAACAACACAAAUAGAUUUAUUUUGAUAAGAAACGACGUGCUCUUCAUCCUUUUCUCUUUUUUCAAGAAGGAUUCUCCAACAAAAUCCCCCAGGACACGCCCCCUCAGUAUGAUGUGAUUUUUAAUGCAUGAGGCCCCCCCCCCCGCCCCCCAUGCAGGUUUUAUGGGUUUCUACUUCCUGUCGGUGUGAGUUGUGAGUCCAGGCUGGGUGAAGAUCCAUGAUUAGAAGGUGCCUUCCUCCACCAACAUCUUCCAACUCCAUCUUUCCUGAGUGCUGGGAGCAAUAAUGGAGUCCACCUGCAAUACCACAACAAAAACCAAACUCAGAGAGCAAUUUACUCCUUUUUUUUUUUCCCCCUCCUUGUCUUUGCUUUUUGUUUUUUCUCUUUUUGGAACGAGACGAAGCUUUCCUGUCUUUGCUGACCUCGUGUUCCUCUCGUGGUCCGCGGGGCCGCCGAUCUACCUCAUGGUUCUCAGUCUCAUGCUGGCGCUGGCGGGUUUGCAGGUAAAGCCCUCAGCAGCGACGCCGACUGCGGAACAAAAAGCCUUGCUCAAGGAGCUGCCGGCUGACUCGGACUUCAACCUUUUGCAGCGACUCUUCUUCCUCCUCCCUUUUUUUUUAUUUUUAUUUGUCAUCGCUUCUCUUUUUGUUUCCCACAUAGUGACUUGACUUUAGUUGGAUGCUCCCAUUUCACAACCUGACUUCUUUCUCCUCUUUCUCACUUAUCGGAGGUCAAACUUCCACACUUUCUUCACUUGCUUAUGCAAAAAAAAAAAAGAAAAAGAUUUGAAGGCGUGACGAGACGUUUUUUUACAAGUCACAUGACCGCGGGGAGAAAUGUGUCUUUUUACGCAAACAAACUAAUUGUAAAUAACAAAAAUGCAUUUAAAAUGUAAAAUGGACAAAAACAGAGAGGGUGGUAAUCAUCAGUAAUCAGGACUGACCAAUAAAUAGACUUUGACAUAAGCCCCGCCCACAAGGUUGAAGUGGAUUUGGAACAAUAAAAAUAAUUUGUAAAAAAAAAAAAGAUAACUAAAGUUUAUUUCUCUUUCCUAUUUGGGCUUAUUGGAUACAAACUAAGAAUCAUCUUUUGAUAUGAUGUACUUAGUCCAUAAGUACACAGACGUGUACUUCAUGUUUAGUGACGUUAAUUCUUAUUUUUACACUUUUUUUUUUUUCCAACUUGCAUUGUAUGUUAUACUCUUCUGAAACCACCAGAUGGCAGUAUAAGUGUCCACAUACGUGGCCAUAAGACCCCAAUUUAGUAGUGUACACCAUUUUGGAAAUAAGAGCUAAAAGGUGCUGUCCACGCAUGUGGCCACUAAGACUUGAAUUAAAAUUUGAAAAAAACAAACAAGUAUUUUGGUUUGGAAUAAAAUUAUUUGACAUUUAUUAUUUUGUUUUUUGUUUUAUUUCCAAUUUCAGUAUUUUUAUUUAAAAUGUACUUUUAAGUUUGGUAUUAUUAUUAUUAUUACACAUGUUUUGUACGAAUCCCAUAUUUUUUUAAAUGUUAUUCCAUUUGUGGUUACAAAUCUUGUUUGAAUCUUUUUUUUUUUCUGUGUACAAAUGAAUUGUUUUUGUUUAAAAUAUUUGUUUUUACCUUCAGAUCCAUUCUAUUUGCUGGUGAUUUUUUUGUACAAACUGAGUAUUUUGACAUAUUUUUUUUUUAAAUUUGAAUUGGCUGCAAUUUUUUUUUUUUUUUUUUUACAAAUAUUCCCCCCCCCCAAGUCCUGCAUUAUUUCCAAAUGUUUGCUGGCGUAAGAAGACCGUUUCUCCCUGCUCGUGAGCGGCUACGCGGCGACACGCUCGCUUCUUAGUUUGCUUUGCAGAAUGAAAAAGAUUGUUGAUAUUAACUGGUGGGAAAAAGUGAUUUUUUUAUUGUUUGCUUGCCUUUUCUCCUGGAAGAUGACAGGACUUGGACAGUUGGAAAGAAGAAGUACUGCGAUGUUGAAGUACUACUUCAAGCAUUCGUGUACACAACAGGAAAUACUUCAGUGUUUUACUGCAAGUCAUUUCAUGUUCUGCAUUUAUUGCUGAGAAAACACAAUCUUGUACAUUUUUUAUCCUCAUUGUUUGCCCUGACACCCGAAACAUGACAACAAUCAUCUCCUUGCUCUCUCCUUUCAAACAAUUCUCAAUAAAAAAAACUUCUUUUCUCUGA